AUGGCUUCCGAAGCUGAGCAGACUGUCAAGCUCGUCUCUUCCGACAAUGUCGAGAUCGUCACCGAGCGCAAGGUGGCUGAGCGCUCCAUGCUCAUCAAGAACAUGAUCGAGGAUCUCGGUGCUCCAGGCGAAGAGCCCAUCCCCAUCAUGAACGUCUCCGAGGCCGUCCUCCGCAAGGUCCUCGAGUGGUGCACCCACCACAAGAACGACCCCGCCCCAUCGCAAGACGACGAUGCCGACUCCCGCAAGAAGACCACCGACAUCGAGGACUGGGAUCAGAAGUUCAUGCAGGUCGACCAAGAGAUGCUCUUCGAGAUCAUCCUGGCCGCCAACUACAUGGACAUCAAGGCUCUGCUCGAUGUCGGCUGCAAGACCGUCGCCAACAUGAUCAAGGGCAAGUCGCCAGAGGAGAUUCGCAAGACCUUCAACAUUCAGAACGACUUCACCCCUGAAGAGGAGGACCAGAUCCGCCGCGAGAACGAGUGGGCCGAGGACCGUUAA